UAGUGGUCAGUCAGUGUCAGGUAGAGCUGAGAGGGACAGCACUUCUGCAGUGGUCAGUCAGUGAGCCAAGAUGAAGCUAAAGAAAGGAGCUCUUUUAAAUUAUCUGGACUUUGACAGUGUCUACUGUCUUCUCUCCCUGCGCAACGCCAAAAUACUGUCUGAUUACUUCAAACUACUGGAUGUCCACAACAGGAACACUCUGAAUGACAUCCAGUUCUACCACUUCAUGCACCAUGUGACUGACCUGAAGAAGAAGGAGAUCAUGAUGACCUUUGACAUGUUAGACUGGAACGCCAGCGGAGAGAUCGCCUUCGAACAGUUCUACAUGCUGGUCUGCAUCCUGCUCUGCAGCGAGUACCACGUGGAGAAGAACUUCAUCUUCCGUCACUCCAGGCCGGUGUUUGAGUUGCUGGACAUGGACGGAGGUCGCACCAUCAGCCCCGCCGAGUUCCAGGCCUCUGGCUUCCUGUUCAACCUCAAGGGACACGCCCUCGAUAAGAUCUUCUACGAGUUCGACGUCUCCGGAGACGAGCACCUGAACUACAAGGAGUUUAAGAUGUUCACUAUGGCCUGUAUCGACAUGCAGGAGGAGACCAAGAAGAUGCAGAAGUAA